CCCGUGGGAAGCGUAUUACCCCAAACUCCCCUGUUCUGCUCGGUGGGGUGCUGCGGCGAUGGGGAGGGCGAAGAAAACCCGCAAAUUUGCGGUCAUGAAGAAGCUCGUCAGCUCGAAAACCCUCAAGAAGUACAAGGAAGAGAUUCUGAACCCUAAGAAGAAGGAUCCCGAGAAGGAGAAUCUGCCCCGCAAUGUCCCGAGCGUAUCUUCGGCGCUGUUCUUUAAAUACAACACCGCACUUGGUCCGCCUUACAUGGUCAUCGUGGAUACCAAUUUUAUCAACUUCUCCAUACAAAAUAAGUUGGAUUUGGAGAAGGGCAUGAUGGAUUGCCUUUAUGCAAAAUGCACUCCUUGCAUUACUGACUGCGUGAUGGCUGAGCUUGAAAAGUUGGGACAGAAAUAUCGUGUAGCUUUACGUAUUGCAAAAGAUCCUAGGUUUGAAAGGCUACCUUGCACACAUAAAGGGACUUAUGCUGAUGACUGCAUUGUUGACAGGGUUACUCAGCACAAGUGUUAUAUUGUUGCAACGUGCGAUAGAGACUUGAAGCGAAGGAUACGCAAGAUUCCUGGCGUGCCUAUCAUGUACAUCACACGACACAAGUACUCAAUCGAGCGGCUACCAGAAGCAACAAUCGGUGGAGCUCCAAGAAUUUGAUGAAGAGUUUCUUCCAGAGAGAACAAACUCAAAUUGAUGCUUUGCUCAAAGCAGGGAGAUCCGUAGGCAGGUUCUCAUUGAUAGUAAAUUAGAUGAAAAAUGCACUCUGUAACAGCUCUUGAAAGCUUUGUUUCACACUAUAGAGACUCUCUCGUGUGGUAGAAGCUUCACAUCGUGUUGACUCUACUAUUGUCAUCCAUUUCAUAAAAGAGCAACGUUGCCAAGGCACCA